UCUUUUUUCCUUUGCUACUGAACAAUUUUUACGUAGAACGCAAAAAUUCAAUUACACCACCUGGACCACUCAAGCUUGCAACAUUUUUCUUUUUUCUUCCGCUCUUUUUUCUCUGCGCGUUUAGAAGUAACUUAAACAGCCAAGAACCAUUCUACCACUUACGACGCAGCACUAUUGUUAGAAAAAUGAAGUUUCUGUACGCACAGCUUACUCGAUAACCGCAAUUUAUACUUUAUUAUAAGCAAAAAAAUAGAAAAUGGACGGAAGGGGUGAAAAUAUAGAAUUUUGAAUUUUAGAGUAAUCCGCGAUGAUCGGAACACGGAUAAAAGUUCGAUAUCGCAAAUAUAGAAAAAAGAAACAUUCGUAUCGGGACUGAAAACGCAACUUCCAUUGUUCCCCUAUAUUUCCGGUUAUUUAAGCUUAUCAUUGGCCCGACGAUUCCGUGGGAUCAUGGGAGAUGGAUCAGGAUAUUUAGAGUGGCGCAUCAAUCUCGCAUCGAGCUCCCAAAUGGCCGUUCGGUUGCUCGCAAAUCCACGUCGUUUCACCGGCCGGUGCAUUAAACAGGAUUUAUAUUUCCUCGAAUAGGAGCCGAUGGGAUCGAUCGGUAUUGUCGACUGAAAGUAGCGCCAUUUUGCAUCUUAUUUAGGGGAACCGUGCACAUGUGAGCAAUUCGCGAUUCAGUAAAAAGAACCACCUCUAUACAUUUUCAAAUUGGUUCCAAAUUUUAUCAGUACAAUUACGACAGCCGUGUCUCAUUACAGCGCGAACAAAAGUUCAAAAUGUUUUGUAUAAUACAUACAAUACAAGCAUAAAGAUUUUUCAUGAUAAGUAUUCAAAUAUUUUCGUGAACCAAUGUAUCCACCGCAUUAUAAAAAAUUCUACUGUACUCUGUUUAAGGCAUUGAGUUUAUGAUAUUUCCAUUUUUGUGUGUCUUCGUCCCAUUAAGUUUCGAUUUUAUGAAUUCUUCGUUGGUUAUUACGGUUUGCACCGCACCUCGCAUGUAGAUCUACGAUAUUCUGGUUGAGUUUACUGGUGCCGGUGCAAGGGAUCGGCAUCCGUAUACCGGAAACGAUAAUCUCAGAGGGUGAAACCACGUCUUGUAAAUCCGUGGAAUAACACGAUGUCUGGUUGUGUCGUUGCGUUGAGGAGGGUCACAGGAUUUUCUACGGAUAAAGGAUAUGCACUGGGUUAGGUUACGCCUGCGAAAGCGUUAAAGCGAUUAAAAGAUAGGACUCUGAAUGGGAAUUUAAAAAUCAAACGGUUCGGUUGAAGAAUAUUCAUUAAAAAUUCAUUCCAUUCAGCCCUCAAAACGCAAAUAACUUACUUCCACUCAUCUUAAAGACGUUAUUUAUUACGAGAAGAUGGCGCAGACAUUGCUAAAUUUUCAGACAAAUUUUUAGAAACACUAUUUGUAACAUUACUUUUCUCCCCUUUUUCACUCGAUGUAACCUUUAAAAUCUCUAUAAUCUUUAAAUUCUGUUCGACGAAAUAGCGAAAUUUCAAUCGUGAAUUCAGCCACGAAAGAAUUCGCGGAAAACGAGCGGAGAAUCCGAGACACGCGGUGAAGCAGCGACAGAAAGUCGACUCUCGAUUAGGAGGACAGGCGACGAUCGAGUGAGAUCCCGUCCGUCAGAGUGGUUCUCAGUGGAGAAUCGAGCGACUUGGCGUGGCUCUUGACAAUAUCUACGGCAAGAAGGAAACCGACGAAAGGGUUCGGUGGAUCGUGGUAACAGUCGGUCGGGUCGCAUAAAUCAGCUGCACGAGACCCUCGAGCGGCAGAGGUGUCGGGGCCGGCAGGCCGAGCCGUCAAUAAAAUGCAAAGUCGGAAAGAUAAAGUUAAAGAUAAGCCGCCCUCGGAUCCACACAGAGAGUACUUGGACGCUGAGUCCACCGACGAGGAGGAGAGACAACGUAAGAUUUACGAGAAAAAUAUUAAAGGCUUCUUCUACCAACAACAAGUCUUUGGAUGGCGUUUGAAGAGUCAACAACCACCAACCUUCACAACCCAGAGCCUCGUCAGACAUGAAGUCGAUGAAGUUCAAGAGGAACUUAGACCGAUCUACGAUGAACAGGAACUGUCGAACCUGGUCAACUGUGUGAAAGACAUGACAACCUUGGGCGGACUAAGGAAGGAGGACUGGUCCUACUACUUGGAAUUGACAAUUCGAGAGUUCUUUCUGAAUCCGAACAUGACCACCCUGACCAUCUAUUAUUUAUACAACAGGCUCGCUGCUUCUCUGUCGUUCCCUAUUGUACCGGUAUACGAGCUCACCUACUUCAUCAGGGAACCACAAGAGAUCCUGCGAGCGGACACAUUUCGGGAUCGCGUGUUGUUCGGCUCGGUGAACGAUAAAGUAGAGCAGCACGUGCUGUCGGUUGUUCAAAACGUGUUGUCGCCGAUCUUCCUCAAGAUCGAAACCUGGCCAGACAGUAUCCAUCCAGAGAGGAUUCUCGCCCGCUUUGUUCAGUGGCUUAACUCGUGUUUAAUUAGUCGGGGAAAGUUUUCCGGGGAGCACGGUAUCGUAACGAUACUUCAACGAGCUGAACUACGAAACUUUCUUGUCUCCUCCUCCAGGACUUUCUUCUCUUUUUGCUCCUCUUCCCUCUUUUUCUCUCCCUCUCUGGUAAACAAUCUGUGGGUGUAAAACCGCCAGCUAUAAGUUUAAUUGGGUAGCAGUGGGCGCUCUAGAAUCUUCGUGGGCGAAUGUCCCGCGUCAAUGGCGUUUUCCAAAAUUCGAAUCUACAAAAUUCAGCUUCCUAUUUGAGAGAAACUUGUCGGAAACUUUUGUAUAGUUUAGGUACGGAGUUUUCAUAAUCUUGCCACUUUAGGGUAACAAUUUCGAUAGCGAUACUUUUAAUUCUGAUGUCUAAAAUUUUCCACGUUCCUGAGCCCUUGAAAGUAGGAAGUUUCUAAGUUAAUGAUAUAGCUAACGCGGUACUUCAACUGAUCAGAUUUCAUGGAAAUUUCAUAAAUUUACAACGACCUAGUUCCAUAACUUUCUCUGAUACUUUAUUCGUGUCUUCGAUUCCAAUUUAGACUUUACUUAUUUACGGCUCUACUAUUAAUAGGCACUGAACGACGAUCCACUAAUAGUUUGUCUACAUCGAAACUAACAAAUAGCUUUCAGUAACGAAAGAGGGUUUGGAACAAAGGACGAUCGGCCAACAUUUGCACAGUCUCCUCGGCUUAAGCUCGCAACAACCCCGACUUGACGACGUUACCAAGCGAAUUUGUAACUUCGGCCGCGCAAUCCCUGUUACCGCAGCGCGCCACGCGAACUUUCGGCCCAGUGUCGACCAACAGAGUGAGAGAAGAGAAGAAGGACUAAAAGGAGAGGGUGAAACAGGAAGGGUGGAACGAAGUUAUUAUUACCAUAAUUUUCGACUAAAUGCACUGCGCAACUCGCCGCUAGUAAAUUCGGCGUCGAUGUUUGCACAUGUACGGAAGGUCAUGAACGACGGAUUAUUAGGUCCACCUCGAGUCAGAAACGAUUGCAUUGUGUUUGGCUGGAAGUCGUCUCAUUAUUUCUAAUGGAUCCGCGAUUCUAACUGAAUCGAAGGAGUCGUUCUCCUCUAAUUGCGAGGACAUGGUUUUAAACGAGGAUCCUAGAGAUGAACAGGACCUGACACUUUUACUGGUUUCCAUCUCUGUGAAUUAAUCUGUUCUGGAUCUCUCAUAGUUUCUCGAAUCAUAAUUCUUAAUCUCUGUUUUCGGAAUCAUAAGAAUUAAAUUUCAGUGGGAAAUUGUUUGAACGAAAUGGAAUAGAAUAGCUGAGUCCUUUUCUUUAAAUUAUAUUGCGAUAAGUUAUAACGAAAGUAUUGGAGGAACAGGGAAAAUAAAAAUAAGGGAAAAUAUC